GACUGCGUCUCUCCGCUUGGAACUAAGGCCAGCUCUUCUGCGCGGCUGCUUCGGGCAGUUUGGCGGGGCUAACAUGCCCUCGGCGCUUUCUGCUCCCUGGAAGAGCUUCGCCUUGGCGUUGCUCUUAAGCACGGGGGGAGCGCCCUCGAGCAAGGUGUCUGAACAUCUGUAUUUGGAUCAUCUAACUGAAAAGCUGGAGCAGAGUGAGAAGAAUGGUUCGAUUGUCAGUAGAGAGAAGAAAUGGGAAUUGCCUGCUCCCCAGCUUAUACCUUCCUCUCCAAAACCAUAUUCUUCAUUUCCUUCCCUAAAGCAGAACUGGGAAGAAUAUCGGCUUCAGUGUUUAAAGUAUCUCCGAGAAACGCCCCCUCUUGUGGCAGAAGGCAAGUUUUGCAACAGGACUUUUGACAACUAUGUCUGCUGGCCUGAUGGUAUUCCUGGCACCUUUGUGAAUAUGAGCUGCCCUUGGUAUUUACCAUCAGGUAGCUCAGGGCAAGUUUAUCGUUUCUGCACACUGGAAGGGACAUGGCUGAUGGAGGAGAAUUCCACCAAUCCAUGGAGGAACAUUUCUGCAUGUAUGGCUCCUGAUGAAGACUCAUCAGAAAGACGAUUGUUAUUCCUUUCUGUCAUCUACACCACUGGAUAUGCUCUGUCUUUCUCAGCCCUUAUUAUAGCAACUGGCAUCCUUCUUUGGUUCAGGCAUCUGCAUUGCACCAGGAACUACAUUCACUUGAACCUUUUUACUUCAUUUAUCCUACGUGCUGUGUCCAUCUUCAUUAAGGACUCCAUGCUCACAUGGAUGUACAAGACAGCUCCUCGUCAACAACAGUGGGAGAGUGUAAUUUCCUACCAGGAGUCACUUAGCUGCCGUCUGAUCUUUGUGAUGAUGCAGUAUUGUGUGACUGCAAACUAUUACUGGCUACUGGUGGAAGGAAUGUACCUGUACACUUUACUAGCCCUCUCAGUAUUUUCUGAGCAAAGAAUCUUUCGACUUUAUCUUUGUAUUGGCUGGGGUGUGCCAAUGCUGUUUGUAAUCCUCUGGGGAAUUGUCAAGUACCUUUAUGAAGAUGAGGGCUGUUGGAAUAAGAAUCUGAACAUGAACUACUGGCUGAUCAUCAGGCUGCCUAUUAUAGUUGCUAUUGGGGUGAACUUCCUGAUCUUUAUUAGGGUUAUUUGCAUUAUAAUUUCUAAGCUGCAAGCAAAUCUGUUGCGCAAAAGUGACAUAAAAUGCAGAUUGGCCAAAUCUACACUGACUCUGAUCCCACUUCUGGGUACACAUGAAAUCAUCUUUGCUUUUGUUACUGAUGAGCAUGCCAAGGGGACACUGCGGUUUGUGAAGCUCUUUUUUGAACUCUCCUCUUCUUCUUUUCAGGGACUUUUGGUGGCAAUUCUCUACUGUUUUAACAAUACUGAGGUUCGGACAGAAUUCCAGAAAAGCUGGGAGCGAUGGAGAUUGGAACAUUUCUAUGUCCAGAGAGACAACAGUAUGAAGCCACUUAAAUAUCCAGCCAACAGCAUUAGCAGUGGGGCUACAGUCGGAACCACAGUCUACGCUGCUACUUGUCAAGCUACUACACUCAGCUAAGAUGCAGAGGAAAUGGCCCCUCUGACCAGAACUGUAGGAGAUAAAAUUGAACACCCACCCAGCCAGACUCUUUAGAAAAUUUGACCUUCCGCUGCUCAUUGCUGCGGGCAGCUGAAUAAGCUUUUAAAAUAAAGCUUAUAUUAUGGCUAAUAUAAUCAGUGCAUUUGAGGGUAGAAGUCACCAUCAAAGUAAGUUUAAACAGUUUUCCCCAAUUAAUACCAGAGGCCUCCAGGUGUCCAAAGCCUAAAUCCUGUGUUGAUGCAGUUAUAAACAUGAGGUUAAUAACCUAUUAGAACAGGUAGACAAUUUGAAGCAGUGAUUAAAUUAUAAGAAUGCCUCUGAUUAAUGCAGACAAGAAAGAUCAGCCAAUGAAAAAGGUAACCACAGUCAUGGUUAGAAAAAAAGCAGUUUUAGUCUGCAUAAUCUUCAUAUACAUUUCAGAACUUUCCCAUUGGCAGCUUUAUUAAGCAAAAAGACGCCAUUCUGAGUUCAAUCCAGGACAGGAAGUUUCUCUACAUAGCAACACUUUUGUAGAGGAAAUAUCUUCUACAGUACUUGGGUUGUGAUAAGCUUUUCACAAAAGAUCAUGCCCAUUAUAGUUAAAAAAUGUGGGCCAGUGCUUUUUGUCAUUAAUGCUAAUGAAGACAUGUUCUCUGCAAUCCUGACACAAUAAUGUUUAACUUUUUUAAAAAAAACAUUUGAAAUGCAAGUCUAGUAAAUGCUUUUUUACAAUAAGUAGAUCCAAUGGCAUUGGGAAUCUUUACUUUCUUGCUACCUGGAAAGACCUGAACAAUCCAACUCCUGUUCCAAUGUCAGAAGUAUUGAAUGUAAUAUGUCGCUUUUUGUUGCAUGGUUUCAGACUUGUUAGUUUAUUUGGGUUUUUUUUGAUCUGAAGAAAUAUAUACUUGGCUCUAGUAUUCCAUAGCCUUUUAUGCCUUAGCUUUUGCAUAGUCCUUCACUGCUUCAGAAAGCUGCAUAAAUGCUAGUAUGAACCAAAGUAAUUGGUAGCUUAUUGUUAUGUAUGUAUUUUUAAGUGAAUUAUGUUACUAUCCCUGUAAGAAUAGAGAUAGAAAUGUUAUAUUUUAUUAUGCUAAAACCUAGAAGAUAUAUGUGUAAAAACUGCAUUUUUGUGCUCAAAAAUCUUGGUCAUAAACAUUCGGCACAUUAUAGUUAUAUGUGACCAUAGUUCUUUUUCUGUCUUCUGGAACACAAUUUGAUUGAGUUGAUUCUGCAGCUAUAUUUUCAGCACUUUGGUCAGCUCACAAUCCAACAGGAGAGAUAACUGGCAUUCAAGCUGCCAAGAAAUCUUCUUAAGAGGAGGAGGACUUAAGAGAGUCCUCAGCUGGAAUGAAUUAAAACUAUAUAAAUUCCAUAUUCUGCUAUCAGUAAAUCCAUUUCAAGGUGUCAGUCAUUCGUAAAACAUUUAUCAGAAUAAAAAGAUGGGUAUUGGUGUUAAUUUGAAAAAUAAUUCUAAACUGAAUUUGUUUUGUGCCAAUGCUAUUUUAAUUUUUCUUUUAAAGUUAAAGCAGAAUAUAGCAAGUGGAAUAUGGCAACAGUAAUGUUUUAAACCAUUCUGAACUGGAUCCUGGAUUUCUUAAAGUUUAAUAGAUAAUGCUUCAUGUUUCAACCACUAUACUGUGUAGUAGGGUAUGAACAGAAGUUAUUUAUUUUCAAAUCUAUAUAUAACUUAUUAUCGUGUAUGUGUGUGUGUGUGAGAGAGAGAGAAUGGGUGACUUACAAACAAAACAAAUAUAAAACAAAAAGAACAAUACAACAAUUUAAAAAUAAGAACCAUCAUAGAAUACAUAAAGCUCACAGCUAGCAUAAUCACAUUCAUCAACUCAAUAUAGCCAUUGCUAUACUGAAUUGGCUACACCUCACUCCUGUGUCUCCAUGUCUGUUGAAAGAACUAUUGCCUUCAGUACCUUGUUGUUACUGUAGUUCAGUCCCACAACUGUAACUUCUAAUUGCAAAAUGUAUCUUUUCAAAUGCUAUAUAUAAGACAUAAAAACUUCCGUCAUGUUUGUAUUAAACAUCUGUUAAAGCACCUGUCCAUGAUUUGUGACUUACAAAUAGAUGAAGCCAUUGAUACAUUAUGUUCAAUGUAAUCUACUAUACUGACUACAGACAAUCUGCCUUCAAAAUUUGAAGUCAGAUGGCAUCUAAAGUUCAUCUGGCUUAUGAAACAUGGAGCUUUGCAUUCAUUUUUAGGAACAGGAACAGUAUAUUCUACCACUUCAAGUACUGCGAUAGUGAUUGAUUUAAAUUUACAAUGCAGCCCUAUAAUUGUCUGUUCAAAGAUAAGAAUUUUUGAGAUUUGUUCCCAAGUAAGCAGAAAUAGAAGUGUGAUUUUCAGUUGUAGAUGGAUACUUUAUGUAUCCGAUUAGCCACUGACUUUUUAUAAUUCAUUGGCCUUAAAAAUUGUAUUUGCAUAUUUGUUCUCCAAUUAUACUUUGUAUAGUUCACUUCAUUAUACUCAUUGUCAGAGAUUUAUAGGCAGAAUAUAAUUGCUAUUUGCAACCUAUUUUUGCAAUUUUUGACAGAUUUUGCAAGUGAGAGACUUUGUGGUAAAAGAUUUGACUCAAUCUUGUAAGUCACUAUGUUUGUAGGGAAGGGGUACAAUGUCACAGUGCUUCUAAAAUCAGCCACAAGCUGUGAUACGUAAUGUAAUAUGACAAGCUGGUCAUAUUACAUAAAAUAUUCAUCCUAUUUCUAGACAAGUAAUUUGUCUUGUGACAGUCCUAGAUAACUACCUAAAUACGUUUUAGGAUUAGCUGAAGUUAAUUAUUAUAACUCAGCUCUCCCAUUAGUAAUCUGCUUAAAUAAUGCCUUCUCAUAAGUAGAAUUGUGCUGUAAGUGAACUCAGUUGUUUCCUCCUGUGAAUAAAGCCUAUUAAAUUACUAUGGGAUUUAAUGGCUAAAAUAGCACUAUUAGAAAAAUGGAGAUUGUAGAACUGCAGAAAAAUGUCCUGUCAUAUAAUUCCUAGUUAAAACACUAGGUUUUAAAAUUAUGGAUACACAAGACCCUAAUCAGUGCAAACUACAAAACAGAAGUGGAAAAUAACAAUGUUUUCAGAAAUAUUUAUCAAUGCGGGAAGUUCCAAAACACUUUAAUUUUAACAUUUAAAUUGAGUUCUAAAACGCAUUAAAACAAAUGUUAGUUCUCAAAAACUAAUAUUUGGGGAGUAAAACUAUUUUUUAAUUUUGUGCCUUAAUGUUUUUCCAGCAGUUCAAGUAAAUAUGCAUAUCAUUUUCUUCUCCAAUUUCACUCCAUAGCAGUAACCCUGUGAGGUAGGUUGGGCUGAGGCAAAACUGACUUAAUGUCACCUGAUGAGCUUCUAAAACUGAAGAUGGACUUGAAUCAGUAUUUUCCCAAUACUAGCUCAACAUAUUUACUAUUAUGCACACUGAUUUUUAAAAAUUCACACAGGGAUUUUAUAUUCUUCAGUGAUACUUAUAUGUGAAUGAUAUGAUGGCCUACUGAUGAAGAUGCUUGCCUCCCACUUGGAAGAUUGAGAGUUCAAUCCUAGGUAGUGGCAAAUGUUUCUCUCCUAGAGCACAAAGAAAAAAUAUCUGCUGCGAACUCUGUGUGGCAUCAGGAAAGGCAUCUGGCCAGUAAACGCUCAACUCCCUCCAGUUGCCCCAAUUCUACCCUAAAUUAAGGGAUUACAGAGUUGUAAAAAGUUUUGUUUUUAGUGAUGCUUAUUGAUGCUCCAUGCUUAAUGACCACACGUUUAGCAACCAUUCAAAAUUACAACUAUACGGAAUGAGGAGACUUAUCACAGCGUUAUCAUAUUCGGGUGGUCACCAUUUGUGACCGCUGCUGACCUCUGAUAGGCAAAAUCAAUGGGGAAACCAGCAAGAGGUUGCAAAUGAUGAUCACAAGGCACUGCACCUAAUAACUGUAUGGGAUUUAUUUAAUGACAGCAACUAGAACUGCCACAAUUGCCAUAAGUCAGCAUGACAUCAUGCUUUACUACUGUGCCACUUAGUAGUGGAGUUGCUGGUCCCAAUUUGUGUCAUUAAGCAAGGACUACCUAUAUGUGUAAUUCACAGCACUAUGCAGUUCAUGAAGCUCCCAUUAAUCCAUUUUUAGAGCCUAAAGAUAGCUAAUGUGUCUCAAAGAUUUGACUUCUUCUGAUGUUAGGCAUCCACCAGGAUUGCCCAUGAAGCAGAGUGCCCCUUCACAUGGUUUCUAUAAUCUCAAUAGUUUCUUCAACAUGAAUAAAGAAAUGCUGUAUAGAUCAAUGAAAAAACAGUGCAUUGAACUGGUGAAUAGCAAAACGUAAUUAUAGCAGAAUUUUGAAAUCUCAUUAGCAAAUUUUGAAAUCUCGUUAGCAAACAAAACAAAUUUGUUCUAGAAAUAAGUUAGACAAAGUAAUGAGUAUGACAAAAAGAGAAGCAUAUUUUCUUGUACUUCACAACGCUGCCUGUUCAUCUUCAAAAUUAGAACAGAAUUAGGUACACUAUAAUGGUAGGAAAGUGAUGUAAUACUAAUGAAAUUGGUGACAUGUUUCACUGCUUUUGCACACAUUUUCACGUAUGCUCCUCAUACUUUGUAUGUGAGUGGAAAAACAAUUGGAUAAAAUAUAACAAAUCUAUUAUCUUCAGGUUUGGUUUAGUCCCCCCCCCCCUAUGCUGGAAAUUCUAAUAGCAUAUAAAAGCUAAUUGCUUUGCAGAAACUUAAUAUUUGAAUAAAGUUUUGUCUCCAUUUUAACUGCUUUUAAUAUAUUUUUAAUUAACCCAUGUGUGACCUCCUGCCAGCUUCCCUAUUGACUUCAGUUGUCAAAAGCUGGCAAGAAAAGUCACAAAUCAUGAGCACAUGACCAUGGGAUGCUGUAACAGCUAUAUGAUUGUAACUACUACUAUUUCAAAGCCAUCAUAAGUUCAGUCACUGAAUCAGUGAUUGUUAAAUAAGGAUCACCUUUCAUUCUUUAGAAAACCCUGCAUGUUCCUUUUUUUCCUCUUUUGAAACAUUUGUAUCAUGCAUAUUUUCUCUCCUUCCACCUCUUUGUAUCCAAAGCUUUCUUAGCAAUAGGAUGGGAGACCCCCAGGAUAGGCCAGGAGGAGGGGGAAAGGGGAUGGUAAAAGGGCAGUAGGGUAGGACUAAAGUAGGACUUCCAUCAGACCCUCCCUCUCCUUCUUUCUUUCCU